GCAGCAGCCAUUUCACAAAUCUCUGCGUGGCGGAAUCACGGCUCGCCGCAGCAGCGCGCCGCUUCCUCGUGGGAACCGCUCUCGAGGAACCCGAACCUCCCGGCGCCUCCGCGUCCUCCAACAUCCCAGCUUCCUGUGCGAGCGUCGAGCGACGCGAAUUGCCGCGCGCGGAGCCGGAGCGACGCGAAGUGGCGCGAGCGGACGCGAAAGGGAGCGAGAGAGGGGGAGAAAGAAAGACGGGGGACACGACGGCAGACGGCGGGGAGCGCGCUUCGCGGCGGACACACGCUUACGGUUGGCGAGCAGCAGCGAGACAGGCGCGGUUCGACAUGAGCUGGGGAACGGAGCUCUGGGACCAGUUUGAAAAUCUUGACAAGCAUACACAAUGGGGAAUCGACUUCCUGGAAAGGUAUGCAAAGUUUGUCAAGGAAAGGCUGGAGAUCGAGCAGACCUAUGCAAAACAGCUGAGGAACCUUGUGAAGAAGUACUGUCCUAAACGCUCCAAAGAUGAAGAACCAAGGUUUACAUCAUGCUUGUCCUUCUAUACCAUCCUGAAUGAGCUGAAUGACUAUGCGGGACAGAGGGAAGUUGUGGCUGAAGAGAUGGGACACAAGGUGUAUGGAGAACUAAUGAGAUACUCCCAGGAUCUGAAGGCAGAGAGGAAACAUCACCUCCAAGAGGGCCGCAAGGCACAGCAGUAUUUGGAUCACUGCUGGAAGCAGAUGGAUAAUAGCAAGAAGAAAUUUGAGCGGGAGUGUAGGGAAGCAGAAAAAUCACAGCUCAUCUAUGAGAGAUUAGACAGCGACAUCAAUGCCACUAAAUCAGAAGUGGAAAAGGCCAAGUCCCAGUUAUAUCUGCGCACACACAUGGCUGAUGAGAGCAAGAAUGAGUAUGCCGCCCAGCUGCAGACCUUCAAUGGAGAGCAGUGGAAGCACUUCAAUGUGGCCAUCCCACAAAUAUUCAAGAACCUGCAGGACAUGGACGAACGGCGGACUGUGAAGCUCGGCGAGUCAUACCGGAGCUUUGCUGAAGUCGAGCGACGAGUGAUUCCAAUCAUUUCCAAAUGCCUGGAAGGGAUGGUGGCAGCUGCAAAGGCUGUAGAUGAAAAGAGGGAUUCUACCAUUGUAGUGGAGUCCUUCAAGUCUGGGUUUGAGCCUCCGGGUGACUUCCCUUUUGAGGACUACAGCCAGAACAUCUAUCGGACAGGUUCAGAUGGCACCAUCAGCACACCCAAGAAUGAGGGGGUGAAACCUGAUCCCAAACACUCAAUGGGCAAGGCCAAGAACAAACUCUGGCCUUUUGGGAAGAAACCCAAGUCCCCUCCGACUUCCCCUCCCCCUGCCCGGCCCUUCCUUACUUUCAGCAAUACUCUGCCUCCUAAGUUUUCCACUGAUCCCAUAGCAUAUUGUCUGUCUGAAAUGAAAACAGUUAAACCCAGGAUCUCAUCAUUCCGUGGUCUAAAGCGAGGGUGGUCAAUGAAACAGGCACCAACACUGGAGGACUUCAGUCACCUUCCACCUGAACAGCGACGGAAACGGCUGCAGCAGAAGAUCGAGGAGCUGAAUAAAGAGCUUCAGAAAGAGAUGGACCAAAGAGAUGCCUUGAACAAGAUGAAAGAUGUGUAUGAGAAGAAUCCACAGAUGGGCGACCCCAGCAGCUUGCAGCCCAAGAUCUCAGAGACCAUUUGCAACAUGGAGCGUCUGCGUUCAGAGAUUCACAAGAAUGAGAGCUGGCUGUCAGAGGUAGAAGGAAAGCAGAGUUCGCGAGGAGACCGACGCCCCAGUGCUGAGGUCAAUCACCAUACUCCUCAUGGCAGAGAGAGUCCUGAGGGAAGCUAUACUGAUGACCCCAGCCAGGAGCACCGUGGUCCCCCACAACCAGACACUCAUGAGUUUGAUGAUGAGUUUGAUGACGAUGAUCCUCUUCCUGCAAUUGGACACUGCAAAGCACUCUAUGCCUUUGACGGCCAGAAUGAGGGCACAUUGGUGAUGAAGGAGGACGAGGUGCUGUACAUCAUCGAGGAGGACAAAGGGGAUGGCUGGACACGAGCACGCAAGCAGAGUGGCGAGGAGGGCUAUGUGCCCACGUCCUACGUGGAGAUCACGCUGGAGAAAAACAGCAAAGGUGCGGUCACCUACAUAUGAGGCCCCCCCUCCUGGCCUGCGUUUGAUCGCACCUCAGCGCUCAGCUUGUUCACUGUGUGAGCUCAUGAACAGAAACACUCCUGUGUGUCACUUUAUAGCUGACUGUGGAAAGGCUCAUCACAGCAUUGCCCCUGCCUGAAUCCUCACAGCUCCUCUUUCACUGUGAAGUAUUCCUAGGAUUGAGGCUCACAGCUCAGCUCAUAGAUGUAUUUAUUUUUAGUGAAAGUGAUUACUUUUAAAUCUACACAUUUUUCAUAUUUCUCUAUAUCUAGAAUUUUUUUUUUUUUUUUUUAAAUCAUUCAUUUCCACUCAUUAGUGUUUUUUGGAUUCAUUUGUUUUUGCUGUACACUUAUCCUCCUUGUGUUCUACUGUUGUUCCAGAUUUUUUUUGACAAAGCACAUGGCUCAGAUCAGCUUAUGGUUUGUUAAAUGAUGUUGUAAUUCGUCCCCUGCGUUUUCCUCUGGACCUGAACAUUCUUCACAGGAUGUGAAAUAAUUUAUUCAGGUUCUUUGCACACUGCUUUUUACCACUGCAGUUGUUUCUAUGCACUGCAGUAAAUUCUCCUAUGGCAUUUUCAGCUGUUCUACCUGGUAAACAUAACUGCUGUCCAGAGUGUGUCCAGACAACUCACCCCCCCCCUUGUGCUGUGUACGGGUGUGUACUGCUCUGCCUGUUUAGCGUGUGCUUAGUGGUGACGGGGCUCAGCUGGAUCCACUGCAGUUGCUUUUUGUUUUCCUCCCUGUAAUGCUUUUUUCUCUUGUUUCUCUCCCUUAUGUCCCCCUUUGGACCCUCGCAGGUUCCUGAGUGGAUUUGUGGGUGUCGGUCACGUUUGGCAAGGCAUUGAUGGAGGGUACAUGCAGUUCUGAAUCUCUUUGGUAGUGGGAGUGCCCUCAUAGGUUAGGGGAGGGGCAUGGCGGCAUCUUCAGAGGUUUAGAGGCAGGUUGCAUGUUUGCAUGCACACGUCCAUUACCCUUUAACGUCAUUCCAUUGUGACAUCUGGGGGGUUACUUCUCUAACAGCUCACCCGGCGUUGCCUGGAGCACAGAGCACGAGACUUGCAUAACGGGCAGCCGACGUGGGUAACUACAGGGUAGCCUAUUGAUUGUGGUAUCCACAACCCAAAGAGAAGUCUUUCAAACAUACUGCAUCACCUUGGCUCAGAGGAAAGCCGCUCAUUGCCUUCAGACAGAGACCAACACUAACCACUCGCUGUGUCACACACUCAUCCCAUCACUGUUCGCAGUGUCUGCCUGUGCCACCUCUAAAUGCCCGCCUUAAC